AGCCAGCGUAAAGUUCUGCCGCAUCCAACUGCCGUUCAGGAGCCUCUGGGUUGGCUGAAUGCUGGCUUAUCCAGGAGCUGUGUGCAGGGACCAGAAAGAAAAAGCCUGCUUUCCCAAAUACCCCUGCCGCGGAGUAAGCUCUCUCUACUGACUUCUAUUGUAUUAAUUUUUUUAGACCAACCUUUUUCCUGGCAUAACGUUUGCCUGAAUUGGGACCUGCAGGAGCACUCCGAACAUGGGUUGGAUGUCCCCUCACCUUAAGGAUGUCCCCUAAGUCCCCUCACCUCAGCCCCCCCCCUGACAUGCCCCCAUUAACUGUUGGCCAGUAAAGCAAUCUAUGUGACUCACAGACAGAGGUUUUGCAGAGAAAAGGAAACCUGAAGAAAACGGGUUAACUUGAGCAACAGUGAGUGCCAGAGUUGUCAAGGCCAGCAGAUGGUUGGCAAGGGCAACGGCUCUGAUAAGAGCAGCUCUCGCGGAAGCUCUAGUGUGGGGGAAAAAUUGUAUGGAGAGAGGACUGCGUUUGAAACUUAUUGUCAGUAAAAGACUCUUACAAAGAACUUUGCCUGGCCUGGAUUAUUUCUGGUUCUGCACAGCUCCAGAGUCGCUUCUCAACGCACACACGCCAACAGGGGUUAUGGGCCCAGCGUACAGUCCAAAGUAAGAGGUUCUGGUGCUGUUUGGAUCGGUUGUUGCAGAGGAAAGAAGCAGCAAGAGAGAGGCAAGUAAAGAGUGGACAACAUGGCUAUAAACCUGUCAUCCGGGAUGCCGAUGGAGAGAUUGAAUGCAGUUAAUUACUCCAGUUGGAAAUGGAGAAUGAAAGCAGUUCUGGUCAAGGAAGAUUUAUUUGACGCGGUGGAAAAUCCCCCUCCGGCCGCUCCAUCAGCAGCGUGGACGAAGAAAGACGAGAAAGCGAAGGCUUUUAUUACUCUGGGGCUGUCUGAUACACAAUUGUUGCUAGUAAGUAAUGAGCCGACAGCUCAUCAAAUGUGGGAAAAGCUAAGAGCCGCUCAUGUGCAGCAAACCGCAGGAAGCCGGCUGUGUUUAGCGCGAAAACUAUAUCAGAUGUGUUUUACUGAUGAAGUGACUAUGAGUGAGCAUCUUGCUGAAUUUCGACGAUUAUUUGGAGAUCUUCAAGAUAGAGGAGUGACUCACAGUGACAUUCAGAUAGUUUAUAUAAUCUUGUCUUCAUUUGAUCAUAAAUGGGACACUUUGGUUACUAGUAUGGAGACAUUGCCAGAUGGAACUUUAACUCUGGACUUUGUAGAGCAAAAACUGCAACAGGAAUGGAACAGAAGACAUGAGAGUAAAAGGACUGAGUUCAAAGAGGCUGAAGCUGCUCAACAAAAGUAUCCAAGAAACAGGCAAGAAAAUAAAAUAUGUUAUUUUUGUGGGUCCCGAGGACAUAUACAAAAACAGUGUUUGAGUAAGAAAAGAAGAAACAGGGACUAUGGAUGGCAGAAAUCCAGUGUGAACUUUAUUACUGAGGAGGACAAUAAAACACUUAACUCUAAAUGGCUUCUAGAUAGCGGGGCGUCAAACUGCCUAAUUACGGACGCAAGCUGGUUUUACACUUCAAAGCCUGUUCAAGAGAAGAUUUAUCUAGCUGACGGAUCGUCACGGGACGCAAUUGCGAAGGGGACGAUCAGGUGCAAGGAUGGCUUGAAAGGAUUUACAUUUUCAGCGCUAAAGUUCAUUGUAGGAAAAGAAGAAAUUCCCACACAUUCUUUUGCACCAGAAGCAACGUUUGUAAGGACAGGGAGAAAAAUGACACACUGCGAAGAAAUAACACAGCAAAUGAACAUGGUUGCUGUAACAAAGAAACUUGUGGAUAAAGUAUGUAAAUAUGGGCCAAGGCACAGAUGCUGUAAACAUUAUGAAGAUAAUUGCAUCUCAUAUUGUGUUAAAGGCUUCAUUAGGAUGUUUAGUGUUGGUUACUUGAUCCAGUGUUGCCUUCGAAUCCCGUCAGCAUUCCGGCAUCUGUUUACAAAACCUUCCCGGCUGCUCUCACUUUUCUACAACAAAGAAAAUUUCCAGCUUGGGGCUUUUCUGGGGUCAUUUGUCAGUAUAUACAAAGGUACAAGCUGCUUUCUGCGCUGGGUACGGAACCUGGACGAUGAACUGCAUGCACUUAUUGCAGGGUCCUUGGCGGGAAUGUCAAUGAUGUUCUACAAAAGUACGACUAUCUCUAUGUACCUGGCUUCCAAACUAGUAGAGGCCAUGUAUUUCAAAGGAAUUGAAGCUGGAAAGGUUCCUUAUUUUCCUCAUGCCGACAGUAUCAUCUAUGCUGUGUCCACAGCUAUCUGCUUCCAGGCAGCCGUGAUGGAAGUUCAGAACUUGAGACCUUCAUAUUGGAAAUUUCUGUUACGGCUAACAAAGGGAAGGUUUGCUCUCAUGAAUAGGAAAGUUUUGGAUGUAUUUGGUACUGAAGCAACUAUGCAUUUCAAGGACUUCACACCUACACUUGACCCAAGAUAUACGGUUGCACCACCAGAGAUACCUGUUGAACAAUCUUGGAAGUGAGACCUUAGCCUGGGAUUAAGACUGGCUGAUGUCUGUGCUGAAAGUUAAAUUAAUUUAACAGUCAAAUAGACCGAAGAGGGCUUGUGUGCCUCUUCAAUAUUGUUUCAGUGAGUUACGUUAUCUUACCAAUCAAAACAUGCUGAAACACCAUAGGGAGAUGCAGCUUUAAUUCUGUCUCUCCCUUCAUAGAAAGUGUGUCUGGAUCACUGUGGCUGGCUGACACAACCUGGUAGAUUUUUUUUACAGAAUUAUAUAUCAGUGGAUUAAUAUAUGGAAAAAGAAAAAAAUUAUAAGUACGUGAAUGUACUUAAAAUUAAAUUAACACCAUUUUGAAAACAAUUCAUUUUAAUUCAUUCCAGUAGAUAACUUAAUAAUGAUAUUUUUACAUUAUUAUUAGAAAAUAAAAGGGACAUUGAAUAUAUAUAAUAGGUCAAAAUAUUAUAAAUUUUAUUUUGCAAGUCAGAUUUUAGUAGAAUUGUUUUCUCUAUUCCAGAUAGAUGGGUUUUUUAAAAAAAAAAAAGUCACUGGAAAAUGUUUAAAGAGCCAGUGCCCGGUAUCCUAUUUAUGACUGCACUGUUUAUAACCAGCUUUGGCUUUGAAAAUGGCCUCCCAAGAGCAAUGGCUCUUCUCUGAAAUCCAGCUGCAUGCCUUGAAUGCUGUUGAGAGAUGAGAAAACAUCGGCAUUUAGGCAGGGGUAAUGUAGCUGUUCAGAUUCUUGUAUGAAUAACUGAAAAGGACAAAACCACUCCAAAAUGGAAUAUAGUGUUUUUCAGUUUUGAAAUGAGUGUCUCACAAAAUACUGGAUGAUUUGAGGAGUAAAAAUUGCAAAUCUACAUACAAGAGACUUGAGAAAAUGAUUGUGCCCUUGAAUAUGGAAUUGUCUUGAUUUUGUAAGGCUUGGUACAUUGUCAGUAACGCAGUGGCCUUCAACAGGAAUCAAAGACCUUAGGCUUGAUGGGUGAAGCAAAAAAGAUUGGUUUAUUGGGAACAUUGAUACUAAUUGCUUCUACCAAUUUUGUUCUUUAUGGAUUUUUUUUAAAGCGUAGCCAAUAUACAACAGCCAUAUCAUGAGUAUGUGAAACUUUAGGGCAAGCUGGUCAUUGCUCAUAAUCCCUUCCCUCCAUCCCUGUCACAUCCACAGGAUACUUUGAUGUUCUAAUUCCAUUUCAUUGAUCAACUCAACAUAGUUGGGUAUGAGCUGCAGUGAAGGGUUUCCCAAGUCUUUGGAUGGAAAAGAAACAUUAUUUUUAUUUGGAUUCAUCCAAUAUGCCAAAAGCUGGAAUGUUUGUGCUUGAAAUCAUCAGAAAGAUCAGAGAUAUUGUUCAGAUUCUGGUUUAAUUGCUAUAAGUUAUUUUUCCCAACUCUGUGUGUGCAUGUUUGUGUGUAUAUACACAUAGAAAUGAUCUAACAGAAUCCCUUCAGAUACUACACCAGUGAGGUUACAUUCAAAGAGUAACAAUAGCAUAAUAUCUGGACCUCUUUAAAACAUCCCAAGGAGUGAAUAAUCUUUUGAGUUCAGUAGAGCUUUUCUUCAGGCUGGUUAUUGUGGGCAGGAUAGGUAGAAAAAUAUGUUGCUGGGCAUGAUUAAAAGUGUGUAGUUUGCAGUAGUCUUGGUUCUAGCUUCUUUUUAUCAUGGACAGCAAAAGUCCCCCCCCUCUUUUUUUUUCUUUUUUAAAAUUAUUGCAUAUGGUUCAGUGCGGAGAGGACAUCAGCAUUGCCCUUCAGCACUGAUCAAACAUAAUUGCUGGCAAAGAUCUUGGAAAGCUGCCACAGUUAGAGUAGACCAGGUGUUAAUUUUUGUAAUUCACAUUAACAGCCAGCCCAAAGAAGUAUACUGGCGAACUCAAAAGCUUCUUCACUACUUCCUGAUUUUAUUUUUUAGUUAACCCUAAUAAAGGUAUUAUGCUACCAGUGAUGUUUGGAUUUUUUUUAAAAAGGACCAAUAUGUUUGCCUGUGCUUAUUGUCUGCUCUGGAGAGUUGGAACUUACAUGUCAAUAUUUUAAGAGAGUACUGAUCACGUUUGUUAUAUGUUGCGUGGUUUCCCUCACACACUAGAUUUUAUAUUAGGCUUGCCAAACAGUUAUGAAUCCAUACCUCCCCUUUGAGGUGGGGGAGAACUAUAAUGUAUCCACUCAUUAUUCACAGAGCACUGAUGAGUAAACUGCUUGUCAGAAGUCUGUUUGAACAAUUAAACAUCAAUAGCUAGAUGCGCAAAAUGUUUUUGCACACCAGUGAGUGAUGAUCACAUGUGAUUAAUGAAUCACCUGAUCAGGAUAUCAGUGGCUGAAAAUACAUUUAGUAAAUACCAUAGAAAGGGUACAUGUCAAGGGUGUGCCUUGAGCUCAGGGAUCUAUUCCACCCCUAUGUCACAUAUAUAACCAGUACCAGUGAAGCUUAGUGAAAUGGUUGCAGGUAAUAUUGGCACCAAAUAUCCCAAAAGAAGAGAAUCCCCUGGGAAGUGAAUGGGUUGUGUUCAGCUGAGUCCUACUUAGAAUAGACCCACUGAAAUUAAUGAACCUAAGUUAGUUAUGCCUAUUAACUAUAAUGGGUCUACUUUCAGCAUGACUAGCAAUGAAUACCACCCAGUUUUUUUGCUCUUCAUAUAACCAUCCACAAACAUCAGUACUCCCUUUGUCUGACUAUCCCACAUAAUUCCAUGAAUGGACAAGCUCUUGUAGGGGCAACACCCUAACUUGCAGGGUUUAGUUAGCCACAAUCAGCGGUGGCAAUCAUGCACAGGGCACUGUGGGCUAUAUUGGCACUAUUUCCUCUCCCAAAGUUUCAGACCAUCCAGGCACUCAUGUGUGGAGCUUAGUCCUGUGUACAGAGGCCUCCAGUUGUUGGGACAGUGCAGUGGAUGAUGUGCCAUCAGACGCCUCCUCAUUCUGCUCUCCAGUACGGGGAGUCCAGGAUUGUGGCUGAAUCCUUGUCCCUUACUUGUCCUUCUCCAGUGCAAUGCAAGGAUGGAGGCCGUAGAACAGAAGGAGGUGGAAUGGAAGACUGAGUGAGGAGGGUUCUAGCUGACUGGAUCUGAGGAGGGAGGCAUUUAUGAUUCAAUGAAAGGGGCUCAACAGCCCAGUUAUGUCCAAGCUCCUUAAAUGCCUGCAGUUGUUCUGAGCCUCCUGGUGGAGCUAACUUGGCAAAGAGCACUGAAAGGGGAAGGCUGCUCAGUAACCAGGCUGAGUGGCAAGUCUUAGAAGAGCAUGGAGACGUAAGAGAGAUUCAUCUAUAAGGGUGUUGCAGUCAGAUUGUUGGACCACUAUCUAGAUCUCUUUUACAUUCUCAGUCUCAUUAGUUUGGGAGAUUGCAAAUGAAGGAGUUGUGAGCAUCCUUCUUGGUCUAAGAUGUGUUUUAUAUUUCAGCUGAGAUCUUUUUAUACUUUUCUUGUUCACAACCAAACUUACUGCAACUGUUGUGCCAUGGCACCCAGUGGUAGAGCUGGGAUCAAACUGUUGAACCAUCCUCUGCCUGUGUGCUGGCUUGAAUCCCUUCCUUUUCUCUGUCAGACUGAAGUUGACUCAUAGCAGAAUGUUGUUCAGUUUUACUUAAGCGGAAUGACGUUAGAGUGGAAAAUAAGACGGUCCCACUGCAGCCCUUGCAAGACUACCAGUAGGACCUGAUGAUCUCAUCUACUGCUAGGAGCUAUUUACUGAGGCUGUGCCGAAUUUUCAUGAGGCUUGGGAUUAUUAUUUGGCAGCGAAAAAUGACAUUUCGGGGGACAUUAAGUUUUGACUGAAAGAACAGCGUUCCAGGAGGAGGAGAAGAGGAAUUACCCUUCACUGCAAAAUUACUCUCUCUCCAGCUGUCUUGACCAAAGCACUGGUCGAGAGAGAGAGAGAGAGAGAGAGAGAGAGGGUCAUGCUCCACCCAUUGCUGCAGAUUACUUUGAAGGAGGCAGUCCACAAUGUAUUCCUGCUCCUUUUUCUGUUGAGCAAACUUCCAUGAGAAAAGGUUUCCGCAUCUCGGCUCAGCCAAAAUGCUGUUUGUAUGACUCACAUAUAAGGAUCUGUAACUUACGGUUCAGUUUUAAACCUACUGCAUGCAAGUAAUGGGGGAGGGUGCCUUGGAUGUUUACAAGAAGCAGAAGGAGUGGAAGCACAUGAGUGUUAACACUUCUUCUCUGUAUGCUUCCUGGUCUUGCAAGAAGUUAUAAGAUGCAAAUAUCCCUCAGCAGGAAAUGCAUCAGGUGAGUGCAGCUCCCUCCCUUUGGGGAAAAACCUGGAGGUGUGGGAAGAAGCACAACCCAUGCUUCCUCUUCCACCUCUUCAUUUGAACACCUGAAAUGGUGACAACUUUCUUUGAAUUCAGUGGGAGUUGCUUCCAAGCAAACUUGCUUAAGAUCCAGUUAUAUAAGUGUGGGGCAUUCUAAGUUUUUCUUCAUUAGGAUGAAAUGGUGUGUUCCUCUCUCUGGGAGCUAGAAUGUCUUGAGUGCUGUAUCUCAAAGGGCAAAUGGUGCCUCUGCUCGCCAUCGUAUUCUCUGUGUUUCAUAUUCCUUGGUGAUCACGGUUUCUAUGUAACAAUGUAUAAAAAAAAGGUUCUAAGGAACCUUUAAUUUUUGCUGGAACAGUUAGGAGCAAACAGUGAGCCUUGCUGUCAUCCCUGAUUAUUAAAAUA